CUUGAGGUCUACUUGCUGCCGCCGCCCGCCUGCGAUCGGGUAGCUGAUGUGACGCUCGCGGCCCACUUGGCCCAGUACCUGGCACCAUUUCUGGCCCAGUCACUUGUGAUCCAUGGCUACUGUGAUAAUAUGCCGAAGAUUUCCAAGCAAGAUCUGCAGGAUAUCUACAUUCUCAACCACAGCCAAGAACCAGACUGGGAAAAAAUGGCCCACUCAGACCCCACAAGAUUGUGUUCAGACUCCUGAAGAGAUCAACAUUAAACCCAAAGCUGCUGCCACUCUCAAGCUGUUGCAUCCUCAAGGUUACCGAGUAUUGUGCAAUCCCCUUGCCUAUAAUAGCACUAAAAGAGUGGCCAGAGGUAGCAGCACAAGACAUGGUGAACAAGGUCCUCCAGAAAAGGACAGCUCUGACGUUACUGAAAAGCAAAUCCAGAACACUUACUGUAUCCCCUCUUCUCAGGGAGUGCCAACAACCAGGAAUGCUUUCUUGGAUUUGGAGACCAAUGAGGCUUCUGUUCCUCGGCCUAGUGUGGUACAGCUCGGCAAACUGCAGAUAAUGAAAGAUGAUAUUCAAGAAGUUGACGUGGAAACUUUUGACACCUUUGAAGACCCUAGAGUUUUCCUCAAGCUAAGGCCUGAGUACCAGCAUCACAGUUACAAUAAAUCUGAGGCUUCCCAGGCCCUGUCCAUUGAAGAGGGUGAACUGAUGUUACACAAAGUGACAGUAUUGCAAAGUAAUCUUCAGCCCCAAACCAUAGCCGACUACUUUGACAAAUUGAGCUCAUUGCCCAUGGAGCAGCAUUCUGUACUCUUGUCCAAUAUCAAGUUUACAAUGCUGUGCCAAUUAAGCCUAAACAACAUACAACUCUUUGAAGCCUCAGACCUAAUAGGUAUUUUGAAAGCAUUUGUUCGAUUGGGGAUCCCUUGUUCCCACCCAAUGCUAGCUGUGUAUGAAGGAGAAUUUUGCCGUCGAGUAUGGGAUAUGAACCUAGAUGAGCUUUUAUUGGUGGCUGACCUGUGGCGGUGCUUAGGCCAUAGUGUACCAUGCUUUUUAAGGAUAUUUUUCAGUUAUCUUAACUUGCAUUGGAAAGAUCUCUCCUUGUCCCAGUUGGUUCACUUAAUUUAUAUUAUAGGUGAAGGUCGGCAAGUGCCUCAGGACUUAAUGCAAAAGCUAGAAUCGUUGGUUCUCAAGUAUUUGGAUUUAUUCAGUUUAGAAGAGGUUGGCACAAUCUGUUUAGGGUUCUUCAAAUCGAGUAGCAGUCUUUCCGACUAUGUCAUGCGUAAAAUUGGGGACAAAGUUUGUGCCCAGAUGCAGCAUUUGAGCAACUAUGCCCUUGUGAAUAUACUUAAAAUGUUUCGCUUUACUCAUGUUGAUCACUUAGAUUUCAUGAAACAGUUUGGACAGAUGGCGCCUCAGCGUAUCCCUUCCAUGGGGGUCCAGGGUGUCAUGCACCUAACUCUUGCCUGCUCAUCCUUACGCUAUCUGGAUGAAAGGGUCAUGAAUGCUGUAGCAGCUUCAUUGCCUCCCAGGGUGGCAUAUUGUAGGAGCAAAGAUGUGGCCAAAAUUUUGUGGUCUUUUGGAACUUUGAAUUAUGAGCCACCUAAUGCAGAAAGCUUUUAUUCCAGCUUUAUAGAUGAGAUUCCCAGAAAGAUGCCUGAGUUCAGAAAGUUCCCUGACCACUUGUUCACAAGUUUGCUAGGCUUGGCAUUUACUGAACGCUUUCCACUGGAUCUUCUCGAUUUUGCCUUGAGUCCAGGAUUUGUGAGGCUAGCUCAGGAGAGAAGUAAGUUUGAGCUCACCAAAGAAUUGUACACUCUUGAUGGCACCAUUGGAGUUGAGUGCCCAGGUUACAGAGGCAACCGUCUUAAUGCCGAGCUCCAGCGAGAAGGGGCAGUGAUGCUGUGGAAUUUAGCAAGACAAGAUAUGACCUCCAAGCCUGAAUUCUUAGAAGCUCUCUUUUUACUGCAGACUAUUUUAGGGGGACCCCAGUAUGUCAAACAUCAUAUGAUUUUGCCUCAUACACGGUCAUCUGAUUUAGAAGUACAGCUUGAUGUCAAUAAUAAACCUCUCCCUUUUAACCAAGAAGCCAUAGCAACAGAUGUGACUAACUCUCACCUGAAACACAUGGGAGUCAGUCUUACGGAUGAUUUGAUGACUCGGCUUUUAAAGGGAAAAUCAGGCACACAUCCUCAGGCUGAGGCAGAGUCUGGUGAGAAAAGGCCACUGCCUCUAGGUGGCCUUUUGCCCAGAGGAGGGGCCACAGAAGGGACCAGUUUGUGUUCCUUAACAGGGCCACAGGCAGGGGUGUCAAAGUUGGCCAUUCAGGUGACAAAUAGGAACCAGUAUUGCUUUGGUUCCAGGCACCUUCUUGGGCUGCACAGCAUGAAGAGGAGGCAGCUAAGAAGGCUUGGGUACACUGUGGUGGAGCUGGCCUUCUGGGAGUGGUUUCCUUUAUUGAAACGGACACGAUCAGAAAAGCUCUCCUAUCUUCAUGAGAAAGUGUUCAAUUCUGGCUUUUGAGACAUCAGAGAAUCUGCCUGGCAUCAUCCUCACGUGCCAGUUAACAGGCAGCAUGCUGUCCUUAGCACUUAGAAAUGACUGUGUGAGCCAAAGUGGAAGUGAGGCAUUAUGGAAAAUCAAGUAGCCCAGAGCAAAGAGGAAAUAAUGGCCUUCUCUGUCAUUGUGGCCUUCCCCUGGCAAUGUUAAAAAAAUACAUUUACUAGAAUUAGCAUCGAUAUUACCUGAUUAUGCAAGUGGAUAUUUGCUUGAUGGUAUUACCAUUACA